AUAUUUGUUUUCUCAAUCUCCCACAUUUGCUACGUUUAUGUUCUUUUUUUUAUUAAGUCCCAGUCUAUUCUUGAAACUCAAAAAAACCUAUAUAUAUAGAGAGAAACCAUUCAGACCAUUUCCUCAUUCAGUUCUUACACCAAAAACAAGAAGAAAACUUGUAGCAUUAACUUUUGUUUCUUGUCCUAAUGAAGACUACUCAUCGUCGGUUAUCUUCAUCUUUAACUAAACUCUGCGAGAGACUGUCCUCAUUCAAGAAUGGUGAUGACAAUAUAAGAGAAUUGCAAGCUGUCUUUGCUUACAUGGAUGCUAACAGAGACGGUAGAAUCUCUGUAGAAGAGCUUACGAAGAGUUUUAAUACAUUAGGAGAGCAACUUUCUGAUGAAGAAGCCAAAGUUGUGGUUAAACUGUCUGAUAUAGAUGGAGAUGGGAUGUUGGAUUUUGAGGAGUUUGCUCAGUUAAUCAAAGGGAGUGGUGAUGAGUUUACAGAGGAAGAGAAGAAGAGGAAGAUGCUGGAAGCGUUUAGAAUGUAUAUUGAUGAAAGUGAAGAUUGUAUUACUCCUAGAAGCUUGAAGACUAUGCUGAUGAAGCUUGGUGAGUUAAGAACGAAUGAUGAUUGUAGGGUUAUGAUCAAAGUUUUUGAUCUUAAUGAUGAUGGAGUUUUAAGUUUUGAUGAGUUUGCUCAUAUGAUGAUGCGUUAAAGAAUUGGCCCAUCCAUUGUUGUUGUGGCUUUAUUGCUGUAAAUAUGAUAUAUGCAAUCAAUAAACAUGUCUUUUAUUCAAUGUACAUGAAUCAUAUUCCAUUUUGGUUCUUAUUUCAAAAACUACAUGACGAAGCAUCCAAAAGGGAAAAAAAUGUUCAAAGAAUCGCUAAGAAUCCACUAGACCACUUUUUUUCUUACAAAAAAAAACACUGAUUUACAAAAAAAAAAAUUU